AUGAGCACCACGAGCGGUGCUGGAGAAGGGAAUAACCUGUCCUAUAAGCUCCCAUUGCCUAAGGACGAAAAAUUACUUGAGCUAGCCGCGAAAGCGUCGAGGGAACGCAGAGAAGAGACGAAGGAAAUAAGAGAAAAGCAACAGGCUAACCGAGAAUUGAUGGAAAGGGCAGGGAGAGAUUCUAAGGAGCGUCGACAAGGAGGUCGAAGUGCCACCACCUAA